GUUAAAUCACUCUGCGCAACACGGACCGAUCGCAUGGCCCCAUCCACACCGGCCCAAGUGCCGAGGAAAGUCGAGUUCACGAAGGAGUCUCCGGCGUUGAAACUGGAUGUGCUGCAUACACACGACCGUGCACGUGCUUGUGACCUCCAUCUUCCUCAUGGAACUGUGCACACACCGAUCUUUAUGCCGGUAGGCACGCAAGGCACCAUCAAAGGCAUCACAGCCGAGCAGAUGGCACUACCUCCAAUUGACUGCAAGAUUCUCCUUGCCAACACGUACCAUCUUGCGUUGCGUCCCGGCACGGAACUCCUGAAAGAUGUCGGCGGUUUGCAUGACUUUAUGGGGUGGCAGCGCAACAUCCUGACUGACUCGGGCGGGUUUCAAAUGGUGUCGCUCCUGGAACUGGCCCAAAUCACCGAAGUCGGCGUCGAAUUCCAGUCCCCAGUCGAUGGCACGACUAUGCUGCUGACUCCAGAAAUGAGCAUUACCCACCAGAACAACAUUGGCGCCGACAUCAUCAUGGCACUGGACGAUGUUGCUCCUUCAACCAUUCAAGACGAUGCUCGCUUCCUUGAGGCCACGGAGCGGACCCUGCGUUGGAUCGACCGUUGUAUUGCCGCACACAAGCGACCCGAGUCGCAAAACUUGUUUGGCAUCGUUCAAGGCGGGCUCGACACCAAGCCCGGGGGCCUGCGCGAGCGCUGCAUUCAAGGCUUGAUCGACCGCAACCUGCCAGGGUAUGCGAUCGGGGGCUUGGCGGGCGGCGAGGACAAGACAUCAUUCUGGACUGUGGUCGCUCUGUGUGCCGAACGGUUACCAGCCAACAAACCUCGCUACUUGAUGGGCGUGGGGUACCCUGUCGAUCUCGUCGUGUGCUCUGCGCUCGGAGUCGACAUGUUUGACUGCGUCUACCCCACUCGCACGGGUCGAUUUGGCACGGCCAUAACGCCAAAGGUAUUUCGUCGAUGGAAUGGAACUGGAUCGUCCAUGCCCGCUGCCACGUUGUGCAGGGACUGCUGCGUUUGAAGUCGGCUGAAUUUUCCAUGGACACCAGUCGACUGGACGCCACCUGUGCGUGCUUUGUGUGCAACGAAUACACGCGGUCGUAUCUCCAUCACGUGAUGAAGAAGGACGGAUCGAUCGGCCCCCAACUCAUCACGUACCACAACGUGGUGUACAUGCUGCAUUUGAUGGGGCAAGUUCGCCAAGCGAUUCUCGACGACUCCUUUCCGACCUUUGUGCGAACGUUCAUGGCCGAGUGGCACCAGGAUACCCCAGUGCCAACUUGGGUUCACGACGCACUGAACUACGUUGGCAUUCCGCUUUAAAUGGCAGUAUUUCAUGGAUUCCACAGAUCGCUGCAUGGAAUCCACUUUUGAGAA